AUGGCUAAUAUCCUAGCCUUGGAGAAGGACGGACCCUAUGGUGGCUUCGGGGGCAGUGCCUAUGAUCUGAGAGAUCAAGAACACAAAAUAAAGCGUAUUGAGGCCUGGGAGGCGGAAUGGAAGGGCUACCCUGUCCUCGGUGCACUUAGAUUCCAAUUUGACAAUGGCCACCAAAGCGGGCGUAUCGGGGGCAGAGAUCCUCACACCGACUAUCGCCCCGUUCCUCCUUUCGAAUUUAAGGACGGUGAAAAAAUAGAUCACAUGACCGUCUUUGCGGGGCACGACGACGGCUAUUUCAACGGGCUCGAGUUCCACACAAACAAAAACCGCAACUGGCAUGUUGGUGGAAGGGAGGGCGAAGUAACGCCAGUGCCACACCUUGGUAACGGUGAAUGGGCUGGGGCUACAGGCAGAGAUGACCGCCAUGGUGCUGAUGCCGUUGUGGAUAGCAUGUGUCUCUAUUUCAAGAAGUAA